UGUUCGAGGAGGCGGAGAGACAGACAGGAGGAGCGACUGCUCUGAUGAAUGAUAGAGUCACAGGACUGUCUCACCCUCGACCUGCAGCGUUGGAGCUGUCACGAUGGCUGUACUGGGCUCCGGUUGAAGGACUGAGAUAAUUUCACCCGCGAGACUGUGGCAGAUCAGCGAGUCAUUUCGUCGCGGCGGCGGUAGAAGUAUUUCAUACACACAGAGAUCUGCAGAUGGGUCAGAGUUUGUGGAGGGUGGCGAGGAACCAGCAGCUGCAGCAGCAGUACAGUGAACAGUGUUUCCUCCAGCGGGAAAGAGAGCAUGGGCGGAGGAUGGGGCCUCCACUAGUUGAUGGGCUGCCGCAGCGGCGCACACCACAGUGCCAGGUGCCCGGCGCCGACAUCAGUCACUUGUUGCGCGUUCGCAAGGGCAAAGCUGAGCAGGGAUUCAUCGACCUGGAGAUGCUGCCGCCAGAACUCAGCAUCACCAUCCUCUCCUACCUGAACGCCACUGACCUCUGCCUGGCCUCCUGCGUGUGGCAAGAUCUGGGCAGUGAUGAGUACCUGUGGCAGGGCCUGUGCAAGUCCACUUGGGGUCACUGUUCCAUAUACAACCGACGGCUUCCAUCUGGAUUUUCCUACAGAAGGCUCUACUUGGAACUGGAUGAAGGAAGUCUAACCUUCAACGCCAACCCGCAAGAGGGUAUUAGUUACUUCAUGUCCAGAGGUAUUCUUGUGGAGCACCCGAAGGAAAUCGCCAAGUUUAUAUUCUACACCAGAAUGCUGAACUGGAAGAUGCUGCGGAUUUAUCUCGAUGAACGGCGAGAUGUCCUGGAUGAGCUUGUCACACUUCACAAUUUUAGUAACCAGUUCCUCCCUAAUGCACUGAGGGACUUCUUCAGACACAUUCAUGCCCCAGAGGAGAGGGGCGAAUACCUGGAGACCCUCAUCACCAAGUUUUCUCAUCGUUUCUGUGCCUGCAACCCCGCUUUGGUUCAAGAAGUGGGUUUAAGUCCUGAUGCAGUGUACGUGCUGUGCUACUCUCUUAUCCUGCUCUCCAUCGACCUGACCAGCCCUCAUGUAAAAAACAAGAUGUCUAAGAGAGAGUUCAUCCGAAACACGCGACGGGCCGCUCAGAACAUCAGCGAGGACUUUGUAGGCCACCUCUAUGACAACAUCUAUCUGAUCGGCCAUGUGGCAGCCUAAGCACUACAGCGCUCGACACGUUAACGAGACAAAAAAAACAACAUUAGCAACUUGCACUAGGAUUCUGCUUUAAGAAGAAACACUGUCAGGUCAUUUUAAAACUGAAGUCUUAUGAGUUUAGCUCUCAGUAUGAUGUGCUGGAUCUCUACGAAGCAGAGGGCCGGCCACGAUGUGAAGAAUCCACAAAGCAAGUCAGUUGUUAGCAGGCUAGCAAUGGUAGCAGAAACCGCUAAAACAUGCAAAACCAUGUAGCUACAUGAAGAUAUACAAGAUAAGCUAUGAAGUCAGUUAUAAAGCUGAAUGUAGACUUGGGGUUUGAGUCAUAUUUACAACUAUUUCCUUCCUCGCUGUUCUUUUUUUUCGGGGAAGGGGAGAGAAUUCAUGCUUAUCAAUGAAUGUCAGCUUUUUUUGCUAUUCAAGCAAGGUUAAUGACAUUCAGUCCACGGUCACUGUGAUAUAACAGACUAAAACAGUAGAACUCUGAUUUCGGUGUCGAACAAAAGCAUUUUUAAUUGAAUUCUGUGUGUUAUUUCUUAUUUUAGGAGACUUUGUGUUUGUGCAUGGUCACUUAUGUCUCGUCUUCUUUUAGAAGAGUAAAACCCACCAGACAUUGUAUGCACUGA